AUGGCUGCACCCGCGCCCCUAGGUGUUCUUGACUUGCCGCCGGAACUCAUCUCUGACAUUUCCCUCUACGGUCAAAAUGAUUGGAUCUCGGAUGUUCUGAAUGAACAUCGCGCGACUGCGAGCGUACGUCGAUUGCAACCUCUUGUCGUGAACCAAGGCGACUGCCGCGGUGUCACGGCAGGAGUGGUUCAGGCUUGUGUAGCGGAUGCCAUCACCCAGCCGCCUUCCCCGUUACACACGCUCGUGCAUACAUGCUCCUACUUUCGCAAGGCCUUGCUUCCCGUCAAGGCAUUGGGAAAACUCUCGAAUACUCUCCACCACGAGCUCGCUGUCAGGGCGAGCGGUCGUUACCCACCACCACCUACUCUCCAGAGACUCGGCGCUUCCUUUCGCUACGGCAGCGAUAUACUAAUCGCAGAGAAAGUCUGUUCUUGCGUUCUCGCCGGCAUUCGCUCGUUCUAUCCCACGUUGCGCGUAGUGAAGGUUUCCCUGCCUUGGGAUGAUACGUCGCAGGCGGAGCGCUCAUCUACUGCGAACUUCUUCGUCGAUCUUCACAGUCAAGAACACAGCCUCUUAGAACAUUUCGAUCUCGAACUUUUUGAAGAUCGACAAGAUACUCCGGGUUACAUCAUGGUGUACAGAAGCCCGAAGAUUCAAGUCUGCAAGAUCACGAACGCUGCGAUCUUUCUUUACGGCCCUUUUCUUGCCUACCUGUCCGUCACCUUCCCCUUCGCGGCCGACACAUUUUUCGGACCGGGCUUUUUGAAUGCAUUGAACGAGUGCUGUAACCUGCAGUUUCUCACGAUCGACGGUGGUCGAUGCAACCUCAUAGACACUGCGUUAGGCGACGACUUUCACGACAUAUUGCCUGUCGCGAUACAUUUGCAGCACCUUCGCUAUUUGCGGAUGUUACUCCCCGCCUCCACUGCUGCCGCACUCCUUAGUCGCCUGGCACUUCCACCCAACAUCGACGCCCAUCUGGAACCCGUCUCGCGUUGGGGAGAUGCUUCAUUGACAUCCAGUUCUGGGGACGUCAUCGGCUUUCAAGCGGUGCUGGGAGAAUUUGCAGAUGCCGAGAGUCUCUGGUGUUUCGCUGCCGCCGCUUUGUCGCCGGCGCGAACGCAGGAGGUCUUCAAUCCCUCUGAACUUUUCGCCGGUGCUACGACCUGGCAAGAUGAGCAUCUCGUUCACGCGUUCCCGGCUGUAGCCCUGGACAUACGCCAUGAUAUUCUGAAUCAACCGCCCACAAGCGAGAGCGCCGGGCUUCCCGAAGUCAUCACUUUCAUGACGGCUGCAUGCCCAGAGGACCUACUACCUAUGUUUGGCGAUGUUGCCAGGGCAUCGUAUCUAGCCGGGCGAAACCCAGGAUCUCCGCGGCGGUCACUUUCCAUACGAGAUUCCGGGGCAGAACCGAGCGCCCGUAUAUCAGCUCAACAAGCCUUGCCGAACGCGACAUACGCGUUGCUCCAGCACCUCACCAUAACCAUGGUUAAAGGGCAGCCCGACACGCCGUUUAACGGUUUGGGGCAUAUAAUCAUUCUUCUAUUCGCCCCGCAGUCAUGGUAUCCAACCUGCGGUCGCGGUUGGCGAUGUUGUUUGGAGGCGUUUGACGAGAUCACAGAACUGCGACUGAUGGCUCCGGACCUGGACGAACGGCAGGCGCAGAUGGAGCCUACGCACCUACACGGCGCCUUGACGAUCCGCCAUCUCGAAGCCCUCGCGAAUGCUAUCCAGACCCCAAAGACAAACUGGCUGGCGCCGAAGCUGCGAAGGAUAGUCUUACCUGCAAGUUGCCCACGCGACGCGAGAGCUUUGAAACGAUGCCUCGAGCAUUCUAGCAACCCUCGAGCCCGCCUGGCAACUGGAGCACCAUUUGUCGAGUGGAUAUUCGGGAGUUAA